UGACUUUAAGAUAUUGAGUUCUAUUUGAAAAGGUUUAAACGAUAAUCUGGCUUUUACUUUAAUAAUGUACAUAUUUUAUUUAACUUUUAAGGUUUGGCAUGGUAUAAAUAUUAUUUACCUGCUUCCUUUUCCGCCUUUCAAUUGCAAUUUGUGAAAAAACCUCUCGAUACACGUGAUUGAAGGCGAUUGACAGAAGUAUUGAUCGGUGCAUUGGCCCUUUGUUUACACCGUCAUUCUUGUUGUUCUCCCAAGCUUAUAACUAUUGCAAGCACUAGCAAGUACAGUAGAUACUCGAGAGGGUGGAACUCUAUCACCUGAUUGCAGGGAGAAACAUGUUUGAGCGUGUUUGCCUCGGUCGGAGCUCAAAGUGGUACAGUUGACGCAGCGGAAAACUAAGCCCAACUAACUAAUGAUCGUAAACUACCAACAGCGAGAACAGUUGAGUACCGACAGAAGUUCCACUGUGCUGAGCCGUAGACCCACCUGAAACGCCCGUCAACACCUUGACAUUGAUUGCUGCGGCAUUUGGCCAACGAAAGGGGGAAGGGGUAGGAACAGACGAGGAAUGGAAAAGCCGCCGGAACAGAGGAAACCACAAAUGGCCAAUAAUUCAAAUUCAAAUGCAACAUUUCAAUUGGCGGUGUCCGGAAGACGCUCGUGUCCGCGGCGGAGAAGGCGCAAGAACUUGGCCAACGAGACGUAUACUUGAUGUGUGUGCGUGUAGGUUUUCCGGUUUCGGUUUGGGUUUGGGUUUUGUAUAUCGCAUCGCAAGUGCAAAUCGAUUGCCGGGCCAGCUAGUUUAGUUAGGCGUCUCCCUGAUAAGAUACCAGUACCAGUUGCGACCGCUUGCGGAGAAUUCCGCCAGAAGAAAAGCACAUUCGAGCCCCUGAGCUUGGAGCAACUGUUCCCCGCCGGUUAUACAACCACUGUAACAAAACCAGUAAAAAAAAAAAAGAACAUUGUGGAAAAUGUCUGCCUUGGCCAAUGGAGGAAAGGAGGAGGAUCUGAAAAUUCUGGCCCAGCUGAAAAGCAUCGAGCAGAUCAACGAGCAGCGCCGCAUAUUCCUCAACAGCACGAUCAACGAGGAGGAGACGGAGGUGACAGCGGGCACAAACGGAUCGACGAUUCGGGAGGAGGAGGACGUGGAGCAGAAACUGAAAGGUUUGGACGAAGCCGAGUCCCCGAAGAGCCCCGAGGAGAAGAUGCAGCAAGCAUCAGAUGACACAGUAGCACCACCGGCACAGGAGCAGCCAGAGGCCAGCGAAAAGGUGGAGCCAGCCAAGCCUCUGCCCCCCAAUACGCUUGCCCUGAACGUGAAAUACGCCACGCUGCCAAGUCCCAAUGUGGUGACCCUGCGAUCCCCACUCUCGCCGCCACCCAAGCCGCCCAUGCUGGGCCGCACGCGGAGUAUAGGCUCUGGCGAUGGCAAGAGUCCGGCGAGCAAUGGAACUCUCUCGCCCGACAGCUCGAUAAUCCGCCAGAGCUUUCCCGAAGGCGUGACCACGCCCAGCAAGUCGGCAAAGAGCCCGGCCACGCCCAGCGAGGAAGCGCCGGCGACGGUCUCCGCCCGCCACUACGAGGGACUCAUCGAGGAGCUGCGGUGUCCCGGCUGCGCUGGCGCCAUGAAGGCGCCCAUCCUGCUCUGCAAGAGUGGCCACAGUGUCUGCGAACAGUGCACCCGCAUUCUGCUCAUGUGCCCGCUCUGCAAGGAACCCUUCACCAACUCGCGAUCGCUGACCGUGGAGGCGCUGUGCGCCAAGGCUCACUUCCGGUGCGGACACGCCUCCGGCGGCUGCCAGGUGCGGAUGCCGGUCGUCCUGCUGCCGUGGCACGAACAGCAGUGCAUGUACAAGCCGAUGAAGUGCUUCAUGGGCCGCGUGUGGGGCGACUGCCGCUGGCAGGGACGCGAGGUGCAGUGGAAGGAGCAUCUGGAGGAGCAGCACGACGACCGCCUGUUCCGGUCCAGCAGCGCGGAUCUGCAGUGGAAUCUGGCUACGCGACGAAAACCGCUCACCGGCUACUACGUCUUCCAGGCGCACGACGAGAUGUUCAACUUCUACGAGAUCCACGAUCGCCAGCGCGUUCUCUUCACCAUGACCUGCACGUCGAACCGGCGCGACAGCAAGUACAACUACGCCUACGAGGUGACGGUGCUGCAGCCGGAUAACGAGGCGCUGUCCAUGACCCAGAAGUUUCCCGUGCACAGCGAGUACGACAAGGACAUCCUCAUGGAGGGCACCUGUGUCAGCAUUCCGCUGACGGAGCUCAAUCGCUUUCUGGACCAGGACAAGGUUCUCCACUAUCGCGUGAGUGUGCUGGCGGUCAAGUCGCCGCGUCGCGCAAAACCACCGCGCCAAAGUCUGCCGCAGCCGGUGGACCUGGAACAGACCGCGAAUGGCGGCGUCAACGGGAAGAGCGUGCCGAGCAACAUGAUCAUUACGCGCACCUACAAGGAGGCCAUCGGCGAGGUGGCCAAAGCGGAGGCGGCCACUCCGGAAACGGAGGAGAAUCCAACUACCGACGACGCUGGGUCCGAUGGAGCUGCCGGUGUGGAACUGGAGCGCAAGUGGGGCACACCGCAGCUGCACUUUAAUCGGAAAUAUCUGCGGAACACUCUGAACGACGCCACGCCCGUGGAGGACGAGCUGCGGCCGCUGGCCGCUGAUCUGCGCAAUGGACAUGGCGACGACAAGCUCUCCCAGUGCAGCAACAGCACGAGUUACACGAAAAAGGUAUCGGAUUCGCUGCGCAGAAGCUUCCGGGCACUCAAGGCGGAUAUCGUGGAGAUGCGUCCGUUCAGCAAGAAGGCAGUACGGGCUGGCUCUUCCUCUCCGGUGCAAACCAAUGGCAAAUAGUGAUGCGAUUUUCUACGUCGUUGUUAUUAAACUGCAGUUUUAACAGUCCAGUUGCAAGCAUGUAAAUAUAGCAAAUGUUUUAAUCUAUUGAAUAUGUACUAAAAGCGAAAUCAAAAAUAAAUUAUACUCUACAAAUGUU